AUGGGCGACCAAGGCGCCGGAGGAAUCGAGAGCAGCGGGAAGAGGAGGUUCUCUGAGCCGAACCCGAACACACAUGACGAUCAAAUCCAGCAACCGACUAGCCAAGCGGAAACACCAAGUCCUCAGGUAGAGGAGCAAGUGACAUAUACCCAAAAUGACUCCCCCCGUGGUCACCUCUUCGCACCUGGUGCGCAGGCUCCCCAGCUAUUGCGUAAUCCCUCCACAGGAUCGAACACAUCAGAGUAUGGGCCACCACGGACGCAAAGCCUGAAAGAUGGACGAAAGAGACUUUCCCGGGACCACGCACAGGAGUCCCGUCGACCUCAAUCCUCCCGGCCACUAGAGCCACCUGUAACAAAAGCUACCCUGAGUGAAUUGGACGUGAAUAAAAUUGUCCAUAACCCAAAAUUACGGCACGAUAUCAACUUCGACCCAGAGCUUCACUUCAGGCCCAACCUUGACGGAGAGAAGGGCAGGAGGAAACAAGACAAAGCCAAUCAAUUCUGGACGACUCUUCGCUCACAAUUGGAGCAGUUCAUAUCCAAUCCCAUCGAGUUUCAACAGCAGUUCCACAAUCGUGAUUGGUGUUUACCACUCCUGCUGAGAUCCGUCAAGGAAAUCAUCCAGACCCUUGUGCCAGCGAGGGACCGGGCAUAUCUGGAUGAAGGGCUCAAUGUCGAUUUGCUUAUGCAACAAUUCAACAAGGGCGUUGCAGAUCUAGAGAAGCUCGCGUCAUGGUUGUCAAGCGUCUUAAAGUCUCACUGCGCCCCUAUGCGGGACGAGUGGGUCGAGGAGAUGUACACUCAACUUACUAAUGGAAACCGCACAAACAAUAUGGAGGAGCUCGUCCAGGGUAUGCGCAGUCUGCUUAGUGUUUUGGAGGCGAUGAAGCUGGACGUGGCAAACCACCAGAUCAGAUGUCUCCGACCAAUUCUGAUUGAGGAUACUGUGCAUUUUGAGCAAAAGUUCUUCCGGAAGAAGAUCCAGUCUGGCAAGCUCGAGCCACUACCAGCUCAGCAAUGGUACCAUUUAGCUACUCUCGAGUGCCAGCCGGAUGUUGCCUCCCGGGCUGCAUUCGGGGAGAUGGCCAUCUUCUUUGAGGCUCUUUCCAAGCUCGUUCUCCCUUCAAACCCCGAUUUGCUCCCAAACACAUUCCUAUUUGAUGAGGAGCGGAUGUUGAAACUUCGAGCCGAUAUGAUGGAUGCGGUCAAUCUCGAGGUCUGCAUGCGAACAUUUGAAGAGUUGGAGGGAAAGUACAGGCAAUCCGCAAUCCCAACGCCCUACCUCGCGACCCCUUUCUCCGAUGCUUUGGGCUUCCUGACCGCCGGUUCCGACGACGAUUCUGAGUUCAACUUUAAUGGCUCAAGACCCUCAAGUCUGGUUUUUUCCUCAGCCGGGUCGGCUACAUCCUCUCCUCGAUCUUCUAUGAUCUUGCCUAGCGCUUCGACUUCGAGUCCGGUAGAUUUCAGGACGAAGUCGAAAAACCUUUACAACUCACUCACAGCUCUUCUCAGCACAUCUCCAGCCACCGUCAGGCCAGGUUUUAAGUGGAAGGCGAUGAAGGACUCAUUGGCGCUACAGAUCUUCCGAUUCACAGAUGCCCCUCAAGAUGUCUUGUUACAAUUUGAGGAUGAGCUUGACCAACAUUUGGGUGAGCCAGAUUCGCGAAUCUUCCAGGAGGUUGAGCUUCAGUUCCACGCUCGCCUGCUCGCAGAGCUGCAAGAGCGUGUAAAGGAGUUCAGGGCCCAUACAGGAGUCAACCUGUUCUCAAUUGCCACAGGUGGUCGCAUCCACGGUCCUGGUCGCGCCUGGGACGGCCCACGGGACCGAAGCUCAGAGCAUGACACUCUAGAAAGCUCUCUGCGCGAAGCACGGGAGGAAGGUGGAAUCGAAGAUAUGGCUACGAGGCUAACACAUCUGGGUAUUCUCCAUUGGAGAGUCUGGGCAGGCCUUGUUUACCAAACCGAAGUCUCCGACGAAAUGGACACAUCGGUUUAA